AUGGCCUUGCCCCCUGUCUUGCACGUAGGCCCGCACGAGCUGAAGCUCUUCCCUAUUUGUCGCAGCGCAGAGGUCGCGCCUGGCAGACACCGGUGCAACGACAGCCUCCUGACGCGGUACUGCUUUGUGGGUGAACUUCAGACGGACGCCGACGGCCGCAGCGUCGCCGAUGUCGCCGCUGGUCGUGGCUCCAAUUGUAGAACAGCGACCAUUCUGUGGUGCUACUCGCCUCUCUUCCAAUUUGAACAUAAAAGAAUCCGGGUCGAAGAGGGCGUGAUCGAGGCUGCGCUCACAAAGGAAGUAACAGCGCGCCAGCACGCCGAUGUAAACUCUCCAUCACUCAAGUCUGGCGGCGCCGAGGCGGUCAAGCACAAGGAUUCUUACUCGACGAGUUCGAGUAAGGCGUCAAGCGCGGCACCCUCCGUGACCUCCGCCACUGGUCUUCCAGCGGUAUAUCUUCGUGUUGGCAACUCCACGACAUUCCGCGAGUACAGAUUGGUAACAGAAGGGCGGCAUAGCACAGCCCUUGGUGCUUCUACAGAGCUGCGCGCGCCGAGCGAUGCGAGUAUUGCCGGCGACGGGGACGGGGUCGUAUCGGUGCAUGAAGCGCACAAGCCACCAACUCUGCGACCCUUGGCCCCGAGGCGACCUACGCUGAGGCCGAUCGACACGCGACCGGACGGCAACAGUUUACGAAGCAUGGCGAGGCUAGCUCACAAGCAAAAUGCUGCACUGCGUCGAUGCGGCGCCCCCGCCAGCGCAUCGACACAGCGUCACGCUGCGCCCGUGGAGAAGGAGUUGAAGGCGCCGCAGCGGCCGAGCCCCUUCAGCACAGACGCCAGGGCUGCUAUCGCUACUGCACCAGUGCCUCAUCCGCGUAAUGAAGGGUGCGAUGAACCGUGCGAGGCGGUGCCUCCUAUGCGAAUGUCUCUCUCGUGCGGAGAGGACUCACCGGCCUCCCCGCACGCCCCGAACGAAAGGAAUCUGCCACAGUGGGCGUCGCCUGCGGACCACUGCGAAACCCCAGAGGUGUGCGCACGCAAGGACGUACCGCAUGGCAGCCACCCUUUCAGCGCAGCCGGCGGCUCCAGUGUGUCCUCGGCGUUUCUUUCCAGCUCCCUUUUCUUAUGUGUGUCCUCCCAGUCCCCGACUAGCGCCCUUAGCACCGCGCGCUCCGCGGAAACGGACAUGUGCGACCUCCACUCCUCAACUAGGGUCAGCGGCUCGUCUGGCUGCUUCUUCUACGACGUCCACCGGCAUUCGCGGGAGAUCACGUGCCUCGUGUCUGCCGUCUGCACCCCACUGACGCAGAGCACGUCUUGUCUGACGCCUACGCCGGCGCCGAAGCCCAGUUUGACACGAAGCCUCGCGCUUCGCACGCUCGGCAGCAGCAGCGACGGCAUGCCGUGCUCUACCCAAGCGCCGCACGGCUCUGCAGCCCAAGGAAUGCAGGUGGAGGUGGAGCGAGUGAUCGCAGCCACACCGCCGUCAGCGCGGUAG